UUUUAACUUACGUAGAAAAGAGAAACUUUGGAAAAGAUUAAAAUCAAAAUAAAGAAUAUAUUGAUAUGAAUGCAACGUCUAAUGGCACGUUAACUGGAGAGGAUAUAUCGUGUCCAAUUUGCUUGGAUAUUUACAUCCAACCAAUAACGUUGGUAUGCAAGCACGAGUUGUGUAAAUCUUGUUAUGAAGAUUACUUUUUGAAAGCGGAUUUUCGUUGCCCGUUGUGCAAGAAAAGACUGAGUACUUGGGCUCGCAGGAACCCAACGGUUGAUUUGUUGGUUAACGUUGACAAGUGGUCAGCCAUUCAACAACAAUAUCCUGAUCUGGUUAAGAAAAGACUGAAUGGGGAAGAUACUCAUUUGGAAUAUCAUCGGCCACUUAGCAUCCAAGUUGCAAAACAAGGAAUAAUCCAUGAGGAAUAUGAAGAGAUGAGGCUUAAGUAUGAGAGAGAAAGAUUGUCGCAAGCAGAAGAAGAAGAAGCAAAAUCAAUGGAACUCAUCAACCAGAUGAUGGAGGAAGAGAAAAGACAGUUGGAAAAAACUCGACAAGAACAAAUUGAGAACGAUGAAAAGUUUGCGAAUAUUAUUUGUCAACAACUCAACCAACCUUCUCCGUCCCCUGUUUGUAAAAAGAUAUUAAGAUCCACCAUCAAAACAAGAUCUGCAAAGAAAAAAGGAAAUGGAAGUUCCAUCAAGUGUAAAUCGAUUGACACUUUCUUUCAAACCUCUCCUACCCAACUAAACAGUAGUAUAUCAAGCCCUGACCCAACAGCAAGCACUUCUCAAUCAUUCUGUCCCUGUGUUCAGUCAUUCUGUGUUACCUCAUCACCAACACAUGAUAAAGAGGCAGCAGAGAGCAAGUCAAAUGAAAAUGUUGGUCCUGUGAAAUUGGAACUUGAACAGACAUCAGAAAUUCAAUCUGAUCAUCCAACAGAUGAUGUGUUGGAUUUACAUUUUCUUAAUAAAGAUACACCUCCUGGUAAAGCACAACACUCAGUUAAUGAUAUGAUGCCACUACGUAAAAGAAGGAAGCUGAAAAAUUAUUAGAUUUUGUUGAAUUUUCCUGUUUCAUGCCGUUCUCUAUUUUUCUUCAGUGUUAGUUUCAAUAAAACAACUUUAAACUUC